CACAAUAAAUCGUAUUACGGUGCCCAUGAAGUUAACAAGAGAUUGGCUUGGGAGGCCAACAUGAGAAAGAUUUUAAAGCAUAACGAAGAAGCUAAACGGGGUCUUCAUUCCUAUUUUAUUAGGGAUAACCAUCUAUCAGACUUGUCAACUCCUGCAUACCUUCAGAAAAUGGUUAAACUGACGCAAAGCGUCCGCAGAAAAUUGGAAGAUCCUGAGAGGGUAGGAGAUUUCUACGAGAGGGCCCACCACUUGCCGGAAGAGCUAGAUUGGAGAGAAAAGGGUUUCGACACCCCUUCGUACAAUCAAAAAGAUUGCGGCUCUUGUUACGCUUUUAGCAUCGCUUUGGUUAUUCAAGCGCAAAUAUUUAAACAAACCAAUCGGUUAUUGCCCCUAAGCGAGCAGCAAAUAGUAGAUUGCAGCGUCACAAUGGGCAAUUACGGCUGCGGCGGCGGCUCGCUUCGGAACACUCUCAGGUACCUGGAACGAGUGGGAGGACUUAUGGCCUACAACGACUACCCCUAUACCGCACAGCAAAGAAAGUGUCAUUUCGAUAAGCAUCGGACAAUGGUCAAUAUAACAACAUGGGCCAUUUUGCCAGCAAGAAACGAGAGGGCCAUAGAGAUAGCAGUCGCUAAAAUAGGCCCGAUCGCCGUUUCCAUCAACGCCAGUCCUCACACCUUUCAGUUGUAUCAUUCUGGAAUAUACGAUGAUAUCAGCUGUUCUUCUAACACAGUAAACCAUGCGAUGAUCAUAGUUGGCUAUACGAAAGACGCCUGGAUAUUAAAAAAUUGGUGGGGUAAUCAAUGGGGUGAAAACGGAUACAUGAGACUAAAACGUAACAGAAAUAGGUGCGGGGUGGCUAACUAUGCCGCAUACGCUUUAGUUUAAUUAUUUUUUUACAAAAUAAAUUAUUUUUUGUAACUUUUAUAUUACGUAGGUAUUUGUAAAUGACAAA